AGAUGAAUCGACGACAAACUACAUUACUCUCUCUCUCUCAUUCUCCGCGGCUUCUGUCAUCUACUAGUCAGCUUCCGUACACCAGCAAUGGCGAAUUUCACCAAGAUGCAGAUGAAUCCAUGGGUUCUCCACCUCCAGAAACUCGAUUUGGAGCUCAAGUGCCCUCUCUGCUUGAAAUUGCUAAAUCAACCGGUGUUACUUCCUUGUGACCACGUAUUCUGCGAUUCAUGCAUAGAUGAAUCAGAAUCAGGAUGUCCCGUCUGCAAAUCCAAACAUCCCAAAAAGGCUCGGAGAAACCUUCAUUUCAUGGAGAGUGUCAUAGGCAUCUACAAAAGCUUGAACGCAGCCGUUAGUGUUCAUCUCCCACAGUUACAGAUUCGGAAGAAUGAUGUUGGAUCUGACAAGGAGGAUGUGAUCAAGAGAGGUGGUGACUCUUCUGGUCAUGCUGGUGACUCUCCCCUCCCAACCUCGGAAGAAAGCAAUCCAAGACCACGACCUAAGCAGAUGCUAGAAGAUAAUCUCCAAUCAUUUGAGUUUGAAUCAGAGAGUGACGCUGCUGGCAAUCACACACCUGAAAGUCAUAUAGGACAAGCUGCAAAAGGUGUGAGUGACAUCUCUGCUUCUGGCCAGCUUAAUAAGGCUGCAAGGAGGCGAAUUUGUGGUGAUCAUCAUGAUUCUCCGCUUCCAUUAUUGUCCCAAGAAAGCACUCCAAAUCCUAACAAUGCUCAGGAUCUGACUCUGCCUCUCCUGACCGAGAGCCUCCGGUCAUAUGAUUUUUAUCCUGAUGCAGACAAUGAUCAUGCAAAAUCACAUAAACAUCAGUUACCUGAAACUCUCCAAGCUGCAAAGAGGAAGUGUGAAGCAAUGGAAAAUCAUCAGAAAGUCUCCAAGAGGCAGAAAAACCUGAUGCAACAAGCUGCUGAAUUCAAAGACAACUACACUGCAAACUCUGAUGAUCAGCUUAUUGGAAACACCUCUAAAUCAUCUGAUUUGACCCCAUCUGUAAUUACAGAUCAACCAUCAUCCAACAUAACCAUAUGUGGAUUCUGCCAAUCUGAUAGAGUAUCUGAGGCCACUGGAGAAAUGCUGCAUUAUUCAAGAGGAAUGCCAGUUGUUGGAGAUGACAUACUCCGCUCCAAUGUUAUCCAUGUCCAUAGCGCAUGUAUUGAAUGGGCACCACAAGUUUACUUUGAAGAUGACACAGUGAGGAACCUGAAAGCAGAACUUGCGAGGGGAUUGAAAAUGAAGUGCACUAAAUGCAACCUGAAAGGGGCUGCCUUAGGCUGCUAUGUCAAGUCCUGCCGCAGGAGCUACCAUGUUCCAUGUGCACGGGAGAUCUCCAGAUGCCGGUGGGAUCAUGAAGAUUUUCUUUUGCUUUGUCCGGUUCAUUCUUCUGUCAAAUUCCCGAACGAGAAAUCUAGACAUCGCACAUCCAGAGCUGAGCCCUUACCGAAAAUGAAUCCUGCUGAGCUUUGUUCUUUGGAUAAGAAACCUGAUACUACAAGAGAUCUUGUUAUCUGUGGAUCAGCACUCUCUCAGGGCGAUAAGCGGCUGAUGGAAAAGUUGGCUGCUAAAUUCAAUGCGACCAUAUCAAGGUACUGGAACCCAAGUGUUACACAUGUGAUUGCUUCUACAGACGAGAAAGGAGCUUGUACAAGAACUUUGAAGGUUCUUAUGGGUAUCCUCAAUGGCAAAUGGAUUAUCAACGCAGACUGGAUGAAGGCAAGCCUUGAAGCUUCUCAACCUGUUGAUGAAGAACCAUUUGAGAUUCAUAUUGACACUCAAGGAUGUCAUGAUGGACCAAAAACUGCAAGACUCAGAGCAGCAACUAAUAAACCAAAGCUCUUUGACGGCAUGAAAUUCUAUUUCUAUGGAGACUUCUUUAAAGGAUACAAAGAAGACCUUCAAAAUCUAGUCAAAGUCGCUGGUGGUAUGAUCUUGAAGACAGAGGAAGAGCUAAGCGGAGAAAGCAUCAACAAUGUGGGUGACCAAGGAUCAUCACCGGUUGUUGUGUACAACAUUGAUCCUCCACCUGGAUGUGGUUUAGGUGAAGAAGUCACGAUUAUUUGGCAACGAGCAAAUGAGGCUGAAGCUUUAUCUACCAAAACUGGAUCAAGGGUCGUUGGUCACACAUGGCUCUUGGAGUCCAUUGCUGGUUAUAAGUUACAUCCUAUGAUCAGCUAACUUAAUAUAAAGAACAAAAUAAAUGGUUCAGUUACUUUCACCAUAUAAGUAAGAUUGUUUUUUGUUUACUCUAAACUUUUAUAAGAUAACAAAAAGAUUCGUGAUUGUAGGCAAAUAAAAUUAUUUCAUCUGAUUA